AUGCGACCUUCAUCGGGCCGAACUGACAAGUGGUACUCCAUCGUACCUUUGAUGCUUGCAUCCAUAUCCACUGUUGCAGCAGAUUGUGCUCUACCAUCAUCCUACAGCUGGACAUCGACAGAUGUACUAGCAGAACCAAAGUCAGGAUGGGCCUCGAUCAAAGACUUCACUAGCGUGAAGUACAAUGAUCAGAACCUCGUGUAUGCGACAUUUGCCGAUACAGACGGAAACUGGGGUUCUUUGAACUUCGGCCUCUUCUCUAGUUGGGCAGACAUGUCAACUGCAAGCCAGAACAAGAUGACAGCUGGGGCCGUCGCACCGACACUGUUCUACUUCAAGCCCAAGGACAUUUGGAUCUUGGCCUACCAGUGGGCUGCGCAUCCUUUCUCAUAUGCAACUUCAUCGGACCCCUCCGACGCCAAUGGAUGGUCAUCUGAGAAGGAACUGUUCUCUGGCUCUAUCACCGACUCUGAAACGGGUGUCAUCGAUCAAACCCUCAUCGGCGAUGACGAGAACAUGUACCUGUUCUUCUCCGGAGACAACGGCAAGAUCUAUCGGACGAGUAUGCCCAUUGGCGAUUUCCCAGGCUCCUUCGGCGAGUCCUCCGAGAUCAUUCUAAGCGACACCACCGACAACCUCUUCGAGGCUGUGCAAGUCUACACUGUAGGCGAAUCUGGCACAUACCUCAUGAUCGUCGAAGCCAUUGGCGCCAAUGGACGUUACUUCCGCUCAUUCACCGCGGACAGUCUCGACGGGGAGUGGACUGUGCAGGCAGGAACUGAAAGUGCGCCAUUUGCCGGAAAGGCUAACAGCGGUGCCACCUGGACAAACGACAUCAGUCACGGUGAUCUGGUUCGCAACAAUCCCGACCAAACGAUGACUAUCGACCCUUGCAACCUGGAAUUCCUGUACCAAGGCCGAGACCCCAGCAAGGACGCCGAGUAUGGUACCCUGCCAUACCGCCCCGGUGUGUUGACCCUGAAGCAAUAA